AUGCGUGCUGUAAUACAACGUGUCACAAAAGCUGCCGUAUUCGUUGAUGGUCAAUUGGAAUCAUCAAUUGGCCAAGGAAUAUGUGUUCUAUUGGCUAUCAAUGUUGAGGAUACCUCGGAUGAUGUACAGUAUAUGGUACGAAAGUUGUUGAAUAUUCGAAUGUUUCCAAAUGCUGAGACAGAUAAACGAUGGGAUAAGAGUGUUAAAGAUCUGGGAUUUGAGAUACUUUGUGUAAGCCAAUUCACGUUGUAUAGCUUGUUAAAAGGCAAUAAAUUGGAUUUUCAUCGAUCGAUGGCACAUACAGAAUCGCAACAGUUUUAUCAAAAUUUUAUAACUGAGCUAAAAAAGGCUUACAUACCUGAACGCAUAAAGGAUGGUCGUUUUGGUGCGAUGAUGAAUGUUCAGAUUGAAAAUGAUGGUCCUGUCACUCUUAUCUUGGAUAGUAAAAUUAAAGAGUAA